AAUUAGUGUGACCUUGCACUUGUUCAUCGCUUGACCAUAAGAUAAAUCACCAAUCAGCUGUUGCUCUCCAAAUGUUGUUGUUCUGUGGCUUCCUUGAGGCGUAGUUCUUUGUUUUUUAUUUGUAACCACAUUACUCAAAGCCUAUACCGGACAAAUGGCGCUAGUAGAUCAUGACUCCUGGGAUAUCGAGUACGAGGGAUGCGAGCGUCUACGGCAUCAGUUGUUGGUUCAACUUAACCAGCGGCAGCAACUGAAUCCACGGGAGAGUCAAUAUGUCCAACUGACCACCAGUGUAAAUUCCGGUCUGGAACAGUUGGAGAAGGACAUGAAGCAUUUAAAAGUGGUGUUGGACAAUGCUAUCACCUGGGAAACUAGUCCGGAGGAAGAGCUGCAGCAGCGUCGUAUUGACUGGGAUCGCCUUACAUCGCAGGUGCGGGAGAUCCGCAGGAACUUUGCCAACAGCUCACGCUCCAAUGUCGUGGCCGCCGCCUCCGGAUCCGCUUGGCAGGGCCAAGACCUCGGCCCUGGUCAGAGUGACCCUACACGAGAUUCUACAGCAUUGGACGUCGAAACGCUUAAGCAGCGAAAGAUCGAGAUGCUGGAGCAGCAAAACCAAGGACUGGAGGUUUUAUCUGCCACUUUGUCCAGGCAGCGCCAACUGGCUACCCAACUGGGCAACGAGGUAGAGGACCAGAACAACAUUUUGGACAACCUGGCCAAUGCCAUGGACCGCGUGGAGACGGGUGUGCAGCGGGAAACUCAGAGCAUAGGACAGGUCAACCGACGUGACAGCACCUGGGGCUACUGGCUGGUUAUUAUCGCCUUGUUUGUCGCCAUAAUCGUGGUGGUCUUCGUUUAAUGGCCGCCCCAUUUAUUCCAGUUGUUAUUCGUAAUUUCCGUAUAUGUUUCCUGUCGUUAACCCAAAGCUUGAUUAUUUAUACACCAAUUAAAAUAGGAUUUAUAAGUA